GUUGUUAUUUUUUUAUCAACAAGGGGAUGAGACUUUGAAUUCUAAAGUUCAUAUGACCACAUGCUGCCACAAUGCCCGCAAACACCGUCUCUUGGUUGAGCAAGAAGACCUUCUGGAAUUCUUUCAAGAAGAGGUCUGGAAUAUUGCUGCUUCAUGUCCACAUCGAGAUCAAAAGGAAUGCCUUUACUGGAAAAAACUUUAACCCAAGGACAUGAUGAUAUUUUUUUGGAGGCAUUCUCUGGCAAGUUAAUAUUCAAGGUCUUUGCAUUUUCAAAAUGUACGUAUGUUCACAUUGAGGUGAUUUGCAUGUAAUGCAUGACAUUUUCUCUUUAUAUGUUACAAUCCCACAUGAUCCGCGGCUUGUGACACAAGGUAAUCGCCAUCCCAUGACAACUCCUGUAUUCUGUUAUCGUCAUUCUACAAUAAAGGGUUUUCACGGGAGUCAUAUCUUUCCAUCAAGAAAGCAAUCGCAUCAAUGUGAAGGCAUCUCGGAUACUUCUGCAGGAAAGCUAUUAUGGCAGAGAGAAGAGAAAGUACAGAAAAAAUUAUACGAAGUAUACCGUUAUAUGAGCUGAUAUGCUGACCUGCACACGGCACCUGUAUUCUGUUCUCGAGUAAUUAAACAAUGCCGAGAUCAUAAGUACAGUUUUUACCUCAGGAGCAGAUAGGGAACAUUUCUUCAGGCGGUUUACUACAAUAUACAAUGAGUGUCCCAAAAAGAGUCAGUGUGGUUCUUUUGUCGUUCCUGUGUUUCUUGAUCCUUUUUGGCUUCAGGACGGUGUUCACCAUGGUGAUGGUUUACGUCAUCAUAGACAACGACAGUGAUGACGUUACCUUUGUUGAGUGCAAUUUAAACGGCACAGCGUACGACCUACAUUUGGAUUGGAGCGUUGCUACGUCACAGUACUUCAACACAGCCUAUUUUGUGGGUUACGUCAUCACUCAGGUACCUGGGGGAUUCCUAGCACUCAGGUUCUCUCCUACAAAAAUACUGGGAGGAUCCAUCUUCCUGAGUGGGUCUUGUUUCUUGGUCCUGGCAUUUUUAAUGCCAUACAGUACAAUGAUAGUAUUUGCGAUUAGAUUCAUCCAAGGACUUGCAGAGGGUAUGUGUCAGCCAGCGCUGAGCGCCAUUCUGUCGGCGUGGGCCCCAGUGUCGGAGCGGGCUGGAAUCGUCGGAUUCUCAUACUCAGGGGUCUACUUGAGCACCACCCUCGCCUCGGUGGUGACGGGGGUGGCCACCUGUUACAUCAGCUGGAACGCUGGGCUGUUGAUAUACGGUACCCUGGGGGUUGUAUUAUCGAUUAUUUGGCUCUGUACAAUCUAUGAAACUCCAGAACAACACCCUCGUCUAAGCGAGAAAGAGAGAAGAGUCUAUGAAGAAGAGGGCGCAAAUAUGCAAAAGGCUUCGGCAGUCAAGGCAAAGAGCAUUCCGUGGAAGGGUAUAUUUACGUCACUUCCUGUCUGGGCAUUACUGCUGGCCAAUGUAACAAGGUCUUGGGUUUUUGCCACAAUGGUUACGGAGAUACCCCAAUAUUUUGCUGACGUCUUUGCGCUCAGUGUUGCGACGAUUGGAUUCUUGACAUCUAUACCGCCCAUUCUGAUGUCGGUUUUUAUCGUUUUAAGUGGAAUUCUUAUGGAUAAAUUAAUUAAAAAGAAGAAGAUAUCAACAACAGCUGGUCGCAAACUGUCCCUUCUCGUUGGAUUUGGUCCAGAGGCCGUAAUAGUCAUAGCUGUGGGUUUCGUCAAAAACUACACUGCAGCAAUUAUCCUGUUAAUCAUUGCAGAAGGGCUGGCGGGAUUUGGAAUUGCAGCAUACCGGGUAAAUCCUUUAGACCUGUCACCUCAAUAUGCAAGCAUUCUCACAGGCGUGGCCAGACUGGGCCAGCUCGGAGGUUCUAUCAGUACAACAUUAGCCGGAGCCCUCAGGGAAAAGAAUGCAGAAUCUUGGCAAAAGAUUUUAAUAAUCACGGGAUCAGUUCAUCUAUUUGCUGUUGUCAUAUUCACUAUUUUUGGAUCGGGAAAACAGCAGAAAUGGGCCCAAUCAGUGUACGAACCGUUAACUUCAAACAAUGGUCAAAAACAGGACUAUGGAUCCACCAACACUUCAUCGUCUUCUAAUCAAUUUUUAUUGAAUAGCGCGUUAAUAAGCGACAAACCAUCUUAAACAGGCUUCAUCAUCACCAAACACUUGAACAACACAAACGUUUCAUUUAGUAGCUUGUUCAACAUCCUACCGGUUCCACACGUUAUAAUUGGUCAUUCAAAGCUACGAAGCUUUUUACUGGUCGAUUGCUUUUGGCCAAAGGGGUCGGAAUUUGUUUCAAUAUGGUCAAGUUUUAUUUUCCUUAACCGUGCUCUAGCAUUGUUUUACGGGGCUCUUUCAGGUCGUCUUGAAUAAAGUGAAAUAUAUAUACACUGUAUACGGACAAAUCAGAACUAAGCACCGCCAGCUACUGACCGCCGUAUCUUGUCUACCCAGUAUUCUAAAAGUGGAGUGACUGUCACAAUUCUGUACCAUGUUCUAUGUCAUUAUAUUCGAUUUUUGUCUGUGUUGAUAUAAACGAUAUCAAUAACCGUAUUAUAUAACGAGACUGUUCAUCAGAACAGCUGCAUGAAUUCAAAAGAUUUCCAGUGCGUUGUGUUGUGCAUGUUUUGACUUAACAAUUAGACUUUUAAAGUGUUAUAUUACCAUUUACUUAGAAAAAAAAACCCAAUAAAACUUGAAUUAUUUUGCUUACAAUUAAUGUACUAGUCAUUUAAA